UAUUUAUUCCUUGAUUUCAUAUACAUUAUUAUUGCAUUGUUUUGAAUGUUUGAUUAACGCGUUUGCGUCGGUUAGAUCGGUUAAGUUGUCCAGAGACACUGCCUUUGUGGCAUCCCUGUUAUGGGAUUAAUCUUGUUUGCAAUCUCAUUUUAAGUAUCCCUUUCAGGAAAACCCUUGCACUGAAUCUGGAUCAGUUGUGGGUGGUGGUCUUUCAAGCCUUCACCCAGGGGAUGUGGCGGAUGACUCCAGACGAGCUCCCAUUUAACUGAAGCAGUUGAAUAAUAUUGUGGUUUAGUUAUCAAGCAUCUUAAAUUGGCCGAUGUCACUCACAGAUCCCCGUGUAGAUUUUGACGGUGGCUCAGGAUGCAUGCGUUUUGUGCCAUUGACACUACUGUGGUAGCGAGUGCAAUGUCGAGGGUGAAAGAGGAGCGAUUACACAAUCCCUCUGUUGACUAUAAAGCCACCCAUCCGACCAACAGACAGGAGGAUUGGGAAUACAUCAUCGGUUUCUGUGACCAGAUCAAUAAGGAACUAGAAGGUCCCCAGAUAGCUGUCAGGCUGCUGGUUCACAAAAUCCAAUCGCCGCAAGAAUGGGAGGCCCUUCAGGCUUUAACAGUAUUAGAGGCAUGUAUGAAGAACUGCGGGAGAAGGUUUCAUAAUGAAAUUGGGAAAUAUCGGUUUCUUAAUGAGCUGAUCAAGGUGGUUUCUCCCAAGUACAUGGGAGAUGGGGUGCCAGAGAAAGUCAAGACAAAGAUCAUUGAGUUGCUGUACAGCUGGACAGUGGCUUUCCCCAAUGAGGCCAAAAUAAACGAAGCAUACCAGACCCUACGGAGACAGGGUCUUGUAACUACAGACCCUGAGCUACCAGUGGACAAGACUCUGAUUCCUUCACCCCCAACACGCCCCAAGAACCCUGUGUUUGACAAUGAGGACAUGGGCAAGCUGCUAGCAGAGCUUCUAAGGAGCAAAAACCCAGAGGACCUACAGGAGGCCAAUCGGCUUAUCAAGAACAUGGUGAAAGAGGACGAUGUCAGGGUUCAGAAAGUGACCAAACGAAUCCACACCCUGGAGGAGGUGGGCAUCAAUGUGAAGCUGCUUAGUGAGAUGCUGUCCCACUACGACAAGGACCGCUCCUCCCAGUCCGAUCGAGAGAUCAUCAAGGAACUCUAUGAUCGCUGUGACAAGUUGAGACGAGCUGCGUUUAAAAUGGCCACCGAGACUGAAGAUAAUGACACAAGUUUAGGUGACAUCUUACAGGCCAGCGAUGACCUCUCUCGGGUUAUCAACUCAUACAAGAAGAUAGUUGAGGGCCAGACAGUGAAUGGGGACAGUGAGGAUCCGAGAUCUAACGCUGGUGAAAAGACCACAGGGAAGAAUGACAACACCGAGACCUUGAUUGACCUGGCGGGCAUUGACAUUAUGAGCCCUCCACCUCCUCCACCAGCCCCGCUCCCACUGGUCUCAGAUCCCAGCCCAGCCAAUCAGCUGAGUUUCCCGAUUCCAGUCCUGCCCCCUCCACCGAAACGACUGGCCGGAUCACAUGCCAGUCAAAAUAACAGUCCAAGUCAUCCAGCAGCCGACAAGGCCAUCAAUGCUCUCUCUUUGCUUGACGAUGAGCUGCUUUCUUUAGGCCUGAACGAUCCAGUUCCUUCUCUGAGCAGCCAAUCGAAACCAAAUCUGGAUGAAAUAGCGAAUCAGUGGACUUCCUUGCAGGCUCCUGACCCAGUUCUGAACCUCUUUGGUAGUAUAGUGGGGACAGGCCCGGUAUUUCCUCCAGUCCAGCCAGCACCAGCCACCGCCACCAGCAGCCUCCAGGAUCUACAAGAUCUGGCCAUGUUAGACUUCGGAGAGCCAAAAAGUUCACACGUUGGCGGUGGGUUUGGGAAAGCAGCCUGCAGGGUCCCCCUCUCCUCGGCCCCCCUCCUCCCAGGCCCCACGCCCGGCUCUCCUGCAGUGUCCCACGCCAAGGCCCUGAGCUCUGCCCCGGGCAGCCCACUGUUCCACCCGCUGUCCCCCGUCCGACAACCCUCCCUCCAGGGGAGCAGCCCAUCACGGGGGCUAGGACCCGAGGCCUCCCUGGGCAAUGUGCACGUCCCCCUGGAGGCCAUUAGACCCAGUAAAGUGCUCCCGGUAACGGCCUAUGACCAGGACGGGGUGCGUGUGCUGUUGAACUUCGCCUCAGACUGUCCCCCUUGCAGACCAGAUGUGCUGGUGUUGGUGGUGUCAAUGCUGAACACCGCCCCACUGCCCGUUCAGAAUGUGGUCUUUCAGGCGGCCGUGCCCAAGUCCAUGAAGGUGAAGCUGCAGCCUCCGUCAGGGACAGAGCUGGCUCCCUUCAACCCCAUCCUGCCUCCAGCCUCCAUCACACAGGUCAUGCUGCUCGCCAACCCCCAUAAGGAAAAGGUGCGCCUGCGCUACAAGCUGGCUUUCUCGCUUGGAGACAGGCAGUGCGCAGAGGUGGGUGAGGUGGACCAGUUCCCCCCGCCCAACAGAUGGGGUCACCUAUAGCCACUGCCAUACACCACAGAGCUGAGUCUGGAUGGGCCAAACCAACACUCUAUGAUGGGGGAGUUAACCACACAUAUCCCAGAGAGAGAUCAGUAAGGCAAGGCAAGGAGAGGACUGGACGGUUUGCAAUGUUACAGUAUCGGUGUAUCAUUCCUUUUUUUCCUGUUUGCUUUGGUGUUUACCAUCUUUGUGGCCUAGUUGCGAUCAAGGCAUUUGGAAUUUUGUGAGUGUAAUAUAGCACACCAAUACAGGCUUGCACUGAAGUCUAAGCCAGUUUUUCAAUAGCUUGUAGCGCUUUACUGAGCUUGUAUUUAAUUUUAUUCCUGGACUGUAUCUAGAGGGGUACUAGAGCUUUUCCAUGUCUCAAAUGUAUACAAAGAUGAACCAAGUGUGUGUUUUGAGUGACAGUCUAUACUGAAAAUAGUGUUAUCAUUAAAGCAAUAGUCAAUCAUAAAGCAUUCUCCCCACCUGGUUUUGAUGAAAAGCUGGCAGUAGGGCUGAAGAAAUUCACAGGCAGCGCUUAGGAAUGACCAUUUACCUUUAAGUAAUUUAGCAGACGCACUUAUCCAGAGAAACUUGCAGUUGAGUGUAUUUUUACAUUUCACUGACCUUUCAUAAUGGUGGCAGGUAGGGAAGUCUAGUGUUUGGAGCAUCUGACCAGUAACUGAAAAGUCAAAUCUCAGUGUCACAACGAUAAAAGCCCCAAUUACUUCCAGGUCCUUACUGAAAUGAUCAUGGGUAUGAAUUAAUGGUUAGGACAGUGUUUGUUUACAUUGACUUAAUAGUAAGCUCAUAUUUUUGGUUGUGUAUGACAGUGGAACUAAGCACAUACGAGUUAUAUCGUUAGAGACGUUAAUUAAGUCUAUACUUAUGUCCAAGAAGGUAUGAAGGAACUGUGAAGACACUAGAGUAUUUCCUAACCAAUAGACUCGCUCUGUGGUUACUGAAUCCCAUUGCUGUGCCAAAUGUAUACAGCAGGUGGUAUCCACAAGACCACAGUACAUUUAGCACCCACAAGACUAACAGCACAUACUUGUAUUACCCGCAAGACUAACAGCACAUACGUGUAUUACCCACAAGACUAGCCACUAACGAACAAUAACUAAAUGAACACUUACUCAAUGAUGACCACACUAUUGUGGACCACGCUAUUGUUACUCAAUAUGACCACAAUAUUGAAUGUUAAGCGUAUACAUUCAAUAAGAGGAAAUAUUAAUCCUGUAACUGAAUUGAAUUUGGGGUAAACUAGGAAUCUUAUGCAGGUGACUGAAAUAUUAGCUCAGAUUAAACAUUUCUAUCAAAGUAUAGAAUGUUACAUUGAGUAGACGUGGAUGUAACCUAGCUGUUGACAAAGGCUGGAAGAUGAUUUGAUGAGGUGUUUUAAUAUUUCUUUAGUGCAUACCCAGUGAUCAUGCUUAUCAGAGAUAUUAACUGUGGUGGUUUUUUGAUUGACGUUAAGUGCAGUGUAUAGUGUGUCUCAAUGAUAUUAGUUAUGGUUUGCCGGACCAUCUCUCUUUAGGUCCUACCGAAGAUAAGAGCAACUACUUUCAUGACUUUAGAGAUACAUCUGACUGGACGUGUACAGUGACCUUCCCUACUUUUCCCUGGGAUUCCCUAGCAACACUGUAAACAACUUUUUGAAACUCUCAACAUGCUGUAACUUGUGAUCAUAAAUGCAAACCUUAGCUGGUUUCUAUUCUAUGGGUGAAUGUACGGGUUCUUCAUAUGCUACUUCUGAGGCUUGCUAUUUGAAUUAACCUUGGUGUUUUGUAGUUUACGUUCUGUCAACCAAUUUAAGAUAUUACAUGUAUUAUUUUCUCCACUGUCUAUUGUAAUGAUGUAUUUAUUUAUUUCAGUUUUAGUAUUUCAGUGCAUCACUGAAGUGACCAGGCAUAAAACUGCAUACACUAAUCCCUUGCUUUUAAAUCCAUGAAGACAAGCGAGCAAGUGAUGUCUGAGGUUAGGGAAGUGGCAAGUCAGUUUGCCUAGGCCAAGACAAAGGUCUGCCCCCUCUCUGAAUGUCCCUGACCUGUAGCAUUGCGCUGUGUAAAUAGGUGUAUUUAUAGUCUUUCAGAAUGUCUGUGGUCAAAGUUUAAUGUUUGUCAGUGUUGAGUGGAGAUGUCUUGAAGAUAUCCAUGUUUGUACAUACUGAAUACACAUGUACUAUUUGUUUGCAGCAUGACAUUAAAGCAUUUCUUUUAAAGGAUACUUA